AUGGGAAAACUCCUAAAGGCCAUUUGUUACACUUACUUGUUAGGCUCCGGACCCCUCGCUGUUCCUGCACUGCCGCAGAACCCGCUGCUCCCGGAGCGCCUGUACCGCUUCGCCUCCCCCGUCACGGCGCUCAGCUUCGCGCGCACGCGGCCCAACCUCCUGGCCGUGGGGAUGGCCGACGGCGGGCUGGCCCUGCUCGACGUCUCGGCCGCCGACAAGACCGUCGUGGCCGACGCGGGCGACGCCAGCGAGAGCGGGGUCGCGUCGCCGUCCUGGGAACCCAUCUGGACGAUGGUCUGGAUGUCCGGGGAGGAGUUCCACCUCGACGACCAGGUGCUGGUGACGGCCGGCCAGGACGGGCAGGUGGUGCGUUGGCGGCGCGGCGAGCGCGGCGUCGAGUGGACGCCCAUGCUGCGGUGCCCGGAGCGCGGCGUGGGGCUGCGCCAGUUCGCGGGCGUGCUCUGCAUGGCGCCCGUGCCCCUGGACCCCGUCCGCUACAUGGUCGGCACGGAGGACGGCUGCGUGCACGAGUGCUCCACCAACUACCUGCACCAGCACAAGUCGGUCUUCGUGGCACACGCCGGCCCCGUGUACCGCCUCAGCUUUAGCCCUUUCUGCGAGAAGAUCUUCCUGACUUGCGGCGCCGACUGGACGGUCCGCAUCUGGGCGAUGGGCGUCAACGAACCCCUGGUCACCCUGACCGGAGGCAUGCAGUCCGUUGAGGACGCCUCCUGGAGCCCGCGCAACUCCACCAUCAUCGCGUCAAUCUCCGGCGACGAACUGUGCAUGUGGGACCUGCGCAGAAAGACCUACGUCCCGGCGUCCAGAACGACGUGGGCGUACCCCAGCCCGCCCACAACCCUCCUCUUCAGCCCCACCCAGGACAACAUCCUGGUGGCCGACCGCGACGGCAGGGUGGUGGCCUUCGCCCUCCAAGACAUGCCAUUCGCGCCCUACUUCCAGACCAAGGCCCUGGUGGCCUCGCUCGAGCGCGCCCUCGUCACCAAACCCGCCCUGCUCGCCUCUCUCAAGAAGCAAGGAGAGCCGUUCGCAUGAGUUACCAAUUUUUGUAAGCAUUUUUUAUCAUACUUCCCAAUGUGUGUAGCCUAUGUGACUACCUGUAGGUUUUUUUAUCCUUUUAAAAUAAUUAGCCCAAUUAAUUUACAUAGUGCUUGUAU